AGCUUCCGGAGUACCUGAGAUUCCAGGCACGAGCCACGGCGCCGGCUCCUGUUGAUUUUAAUAUCUGUCUUGUUCCACUAGAAUCUCAACUCCACGAGGACAAGAAUUUUUAUCUGUUUUGUUCACUGCUGUUUUUUCAGCAUUUAUAGCAGCUCCAGGCGCGUAGCAGAGAAUCAUUAAAUAUUUAUAGAAAGAUUAAAUAUGCUCGGCCGGGCGCGGUGGCUCACGCUUGUAAUCCCAGCACUUUGGGAGGCCGAGGCGGGCGGAUCACGAGGUCAGGAGAUCGAGACCACGGUGAAACCCCGUCUCUACUAAAAAAAAUACAAAAAAUUAGCCGGGCGUGGUGGCGGGCGCCUGUAGUCCCAGCUACUCGGAGAGGCUGAGGCAGAAGAAUGGCGUGAACCCGGGAGGCGGAGCUUGCAGUGAGCCGAGAUUGCGCCACUGCACUCCAGCCUGGGUGACAGAGCGAGACUCCGUCUCAGAAAAAAAAAAAAGAAAGAUUAAAUAUGCUUUUCCGGAAGCAUCGCGAAAUAAGAUUAAAUGAGCUUGGAUUGAACCUCGUACCGACCCGUAGUACUCCUCCUUCCCGCCAUCCUAUAAAUGAAAGGAAGAAAAGGAAAAGCCCCGCCCCUCGCUCGGCUGCUGGAGGCGAGGGCUUCGGAAGUCUUCACGCUAGUCUCGUGGGGUUCCGCGGUGUCGUCGCUGGCUGUGCGCGUCAUUUCCGGGCGUCACGUAACGGAGUGGCCAACGGCCUGCAGAGCAACAUGCCCAAGUUUUAUUGUGACUACUGCGAUACAUACCUCACCCAUGACUCUCCAUCUGUGAGAAAGACACAUUGCAGUGGAAGGAAACACAAAGAGAAUGUGAAAGACUAUUAUCAGAAAUGGAUGGAAGAGCAGGCUCAGAGCCUGAUUGACAAAACAACGGCUGCAUUUCAACAAGGAAAGAUACCUCCUACUCCAUUCUCUGCUCCUCCUCCUGCAGGGGCGAUGAUACCACCUCCCCCCAGCCUUCCGGGUCCUCCUCGCCCUGGUAUGAUGCCAGCACCCCAUAUGGGGGGUCCUCCCAUGAUGCCAAUGAUGGGCCCUCCUCCUCCUGGGAUGAUGCCAGUGGGACCUGCUCCUGGAAUGAGGCCGCCCAUGGGAGGCCACAUGCCAAUGAUGCCUGGGCCCCCAAUGAUGAGACCUCCUGCCCGUCCCAUGAUGGUGCCCACUCGGCCCGGAAUGACUCGACCAGACAGAUAAGGAUAGAGGGGAGGCUUCAUUGUAUCAGUUUUAUAUUACCUGUUCUGCUUCACCAGGAGAUCAUGCUGCUGUGAUACUGAGUUUUCUAAACAGCAUAAGGAAGACUUGCUUCCCUGUCCUAUCAAAGAGAAUAGUUUUGGAGGGGAGAAGUGGGACAAAAAAGAUGCAGUUUUCAUUUGUAUUGAGAAAUGUGAAAAUAAAAUUGUCAACUCUUUCAGUUAAAA